AUGGCAGAGGAACGCGCUAGAAAGUCUCCAGAUGGAACAUGGAGAUGGUGCGGCUUGUCAACUAGUGCUGGAGAGCAUGUUUCCGUCGGCGAACUUUGGGACGUGAAAGCAAAAAGCGAAGCAAAGCAGAAGCAGCAGCUUGAGGCGCAGCAAACCCAAGGGCCGUCUCCCAGUGGUCGGUUCGAUAUGGAGGGGGAGUGUGUGUUGCUUGGAGAGAGAGGUGCGAAAGGAGGUGGGAAUUCGGCAUGGACACGAUGCGAGCGUGUUGCGAAACCAUGA